GCAGUCGACAAAACAAUUUUUGGUUUUGCUUAACUAAAAUUUUAUGUACCUUUACUUGAUAGCUCUAAUGACUCUACAUCACAAAAAUAUUAGGAAAUUAUUGUCAGCUGGGACAUAAAGAAAAAAUUCAGAUAAGCAAUUUUACUGGCUAUUUAUUGCCUCCAUACAAAAACUAUACAAACUCAUAGUCGUUAGUGGUUGUGGUCGCAAUUGGAAAUUGAAAACAAUAUAAUCUGUACGAAAUAAAAUCCAACAUAAAAUUAAAAGUAAACAAAUAAACUAAUACAAAAUGCUAAAUUCAUAAUAACAAUAGAUUUAAAAAAGUGAUAGACUAAUUACAUAUCCGCAAGGAUUCACAUGUUUAAAACAUAAUAAAUUGAAUGAGAUGAAUGUAUAUUCAAUAAUCACAUGGAAUAUAUUGAUCAGAUGAAAUGAGGUUUCGGAGAAUUAUCCUUGUCGUAAGCGUGUUGUUAGCAACUAUAAUUUUAUAUUUGAUACAUCAUCGAUAUAACGCGCUGACUAAAUCUUCACGUACACUUAUUGUUCCAGCGGCCAAUAGCCUUACAAAAAUAGCCCGUCCAACUUAUUACAUAGCAGUGGUAGCUUGUGGUCAACGCCUGCAGGAAACGUUGGUUAUGAUAAAGUCAGCCCUGCUGUUCAAUCAAUCGAAAGAUAAAUUGCAUUUCUUAAUAUUUGCUGAAGAUCAGUUGCAGUCUAGUUUUAAUGAAAAGCUCAGUGACUGGCGCUCAUUAAAAAAGGAGGAAUUUAAUUUUGAAUUAUUUCCUCUUCAGUUUCCCUUAAACGGCGAAUGGAAGACGUUAUUUAAACCAUGUGCUGCUCAAAGAUUGUUCCUUCCGAGUAUUUUACAAUCAGUUGAAUCUAUACUGUAUGUGGAUACAGACAUAUUAUUUUUAUCUCCAGUUGGGGAUGUUUGGAAGUAUUUUGGUAGAUUUAAUGACACUCAAAUUGCUGCUUUGACGCCCGAACAUGAAGAUCCCAACAUCGGUUGGUACAAUAGAUUUGCACGUCAUCCAUAUUACGGUCCAUUAGGUGUAAACUCAGGCGUAAUGCUAAUGAAUCUAACACGCAUGCGACAAUUUAAAUGGGAAGAACACGUAUUGCCAAUACAUAAGGAAUAUAAAUUGCGAAUUACUUGGGGAGACCAAGAUAUAAUUAAUAUACUCUUUUAUUACCAUCCAGAAAAACUCUUUAUAAUGCCUUGUGAAUACAAUUACCGUCCAGACCAUUGUAUGUACAUGAGUAUUUGCAAUGCUUCUGUGGAAGGCAUUAAAAUUAUGCACGGCAAUCGCGGUUAUUUUCAUUCCAAUAAGCAACCGUUAUUUCGUGCUGCCUUCGAAGCUAUCGAAAGUUUUCAAUUAGGCUCAAAUCCAUAUAGUGAAUUUCUGGUACCUUUACAGGACGCAUUACAGAAUCCUAUAGUUACUGAAUCAAAUUGUGGAAAAGUAUCAAAGGAACUUGUACUUCUUGCUAAUAAUAUAUUUAAGAACGAAUAUUAUUAUGAUACAUAACGUGAGAAA